ACACAACAGCAGCAGGUUCUCAUCUGCAGGAAGUUCACAUUCGCUGCAAAGACAAUCGGCACCUGAGCUUUACUGAACAUCGGCAUCUGUACAAUGGACGUCUUCCGCUCACUUUGGUUUAUCGCUGUGACUUUUACAGGUUUAACGAGUGGAACUGGUCUCUUACCAGAUGAUGUACAGACUAAAGCUGUUGGAGGAACAGUGACGUUCAUCACAUCUGUAUCUCCAUCAGAAAAACCACCUUUAACUGUGGCUUGGGACUUUACCAAUAACAAUGGUAAUGUAACUAAUAUAAUAACCAGUGUAUCAAACUACACUGCACCACAGUACGUAGGCAGGAUCACUUUCUUUAGUUCUACUGGAUCUCUGGAGCUCAGAAAUCUGGCUCUUACUGACAGUGGACAAUACCAAGUUACCGCUGUACUAACUGGACCACAGAUCACAGGACAAACUAGACUGAACGUACUUGUACCAGUCUCCAGUGUAGAAGUAACCGUCAGUAGAACAGACUUGGUGGAGUUCAACAGCUCCGUCAGUCUGUCCUGCUCCUCCUCUGGGUCCUCGCUCUCCUUCCUCUGGCUGAACCGCAGCACUGUGGUUACAGCCACUGACAGAGUUCAGCUCACUGAUGGAGGAAGAAAUCUCACUAUAGUCAGUGUGAGCCGCUACGACCAGGGACCGUUCAACUGCAACGUGUCCAAUGCUGUCAGCAGUGGAACCAGCAAGGCAGUAAACCUCUCCAUCAGCUUCGGCCCAGACGAUGUAAAUUUAAAGAAGCUCCCACCACAAGAGAACUAUGUGACAGGGUCCAACGUGAACCUGUCCUGCUCAGCUGACUCCAGUCCUGCUGCCCAGUUCACAUGGUUUCUGAACAGAACCCAGCUGCCUGAUACUGGACCAGAACUCACACUGACCAACAUUCAGACGAGUCAGAGUGGAGACUACAGCUGUCAGGCCUUUAACACCAAGACUCUGAGAUAUCAGACAUCUCAACCCUCAGCUCUUAUUGUACAGGUUCCAGUCUCCAGUAUAACAGUAACCGUCAGUGGGACAGACUUGGUGGAGUUCAACAGCUCCGUCAGUCUGUCCUGCUCCUCCUCUGGGUCCUCGCUCUCCUUCCUCUGGCUGAACCGCAGCUCUGUGGUUACAGCCACUGACAGAGUUCAGCUACUGAAUCUGAACCGUACGAUCACUAUAGUCAAUGUGAGCCGCUACGACCAGGGACCGUUCAGCUGCGGAGUGUCCAAUGCUGUCAGCAGUGGAACCAGUGAGCUAGUGAAACUCUCCAUCAGCUUUGGCCCAGACAAUAUAAAUUUAAAGCCCCCACCAGAACAGAAAUAUGUGACAGGGUCUAACGUGGACCUGUCCUGCUCAGCUGACUCCAGUCCUGCUGCCCAGUUUACAUGGUUUCUGAACAGAACCCAGCUGCCUGAUACUGGACCAGAACUCACACUGACCAACAUUCAGACGAGUCAGAGUGGAGACUACAGCUGUCAGGCCUUUAACACCAAGACUCUGAGAUAUCAAAUGUCUCUACCUUCAGCUGUUAUUGUUCUGGAACAUCAACCUUCAACCGGUGGUUGUUCAGGUGGUUGCAUCGCUGGAAUAGUGAUCGCUGUGGUUGUUGUGGUUGUGGUUGUGGUUCUUCUAGUUUAUUUCCUUUGGCUUAAACCAAAACAGAAAAAAAUAUCUUCUAACAGAGAUGCUGCCACUAGGACGGGAGGUGAAGGUCAGGACAACACAACAUCCCCACAGAACCAGGAGCUGCACUACGCUCACAUCAGCUUCCAGAACAAAAACGGUGGGACUGUCCAGAUGGGACAGGAGGACAACCCAACUCAGUAUGCUGAGAUUAACGCGUACAGGCCUCGUGGGCCGUCCUCUCCCCCGACCUAUGAUGCCCACAUGGACCGAAUGAGAGGCAGAGCUCCUCAGUCUGGAGCUAAUGGUGCACAUGGUGCUCAGGUACAUAGGAACUUGGUUCUGACCUCCGGUGGCGUGGAGAUCCAGACCUCCAUCAAUCCAGCUGUAGCCGGAGGCACACUGACUCUGUCCCUGAGUCCUCCCACGGCCCUGAAUAUUGGAAGCUGGGCGGUGGGGGGGUCCCUCAUCAUCACCUGGGUUGGGGAGCAGCAGGCAUCAUUCGCCAAUUAUAGCGGCAGAGCGUCGGUCAACAUCUUCACGGGGGCUCUCACUCUGAACCCCGUCAUCGCAGCCGACUCUGGAGUCUACAUCCUACAGUGCAGCGACCCUCAGCUGAGCGCCAACACUUCAGUCACUGUUCUGGAGCCCAUUUCUAAUGUGACUCUAACAACAAAUCAAACCAGCCUGAUGGAGUUCAGCGGUUCAACACUUAUGACUUGCUCUGUCUCUUCUGGGUCAUGCCCUUCUCUACUUUGGCUAAACGGCAGCUCCAAAGUUGCAGCAAGUGCCAGAGCUCAGUUCACUAACGGAAACUCCACUCUUCAGAUAGUGAACGUGACGCGCUACGACCAGGGACCGUACGCGUGCUAUGCAUCCAAUGCAGUCAGUAACCAAAGCAGCAACGCAGUGAACCUGACCAUCCUCUAUGGUCCAGAUAACAUGGCUCUUACCGUUAACGGGCAGAACCCAACUUCUGUUUUGGUUGGAUCCAACCUGACUGUGCUCUGUUCAGCACAGUCUAGUCCCCCGGCUCAUCUUCAGUGGCUUUUCAAAGGACAGACUCUGAAUAGCACAGGUUCCAUGUUGAAUCUCUACAACGUCUCUGAAAAUCAAAGCGGUCCAUACUCCUGUGUUGCCUUUAACAAUAUUACUUUUAUAAACACCUCCAUCACGACACAAAUCACAAUAAACUCCUCAGGAGCAAAAGAGCUGUCAGCCAAUGUGUGGCUCCUUCCUCUGCUGUUAUGGGGUGGAUUACUGCUGUCAUUGCCAGGCAUGUUGUAUAAUAACCAGUUAUUAACAAUAUUCUUCAUAAAUACACUUACAUUAGAAUGCAACUACAUACAAACAUACAUUAACUUAAGUUUCUGCUUGUCUUUCUACAGAUGUCUUGAGUGCAGCCAGACUAAUCCAGUGAUCUUCACGAAUGUGAACCCCGUCUCUGUGGGCAGCAACAUCACACUAUUCAGCACCAGAACUGUUUCCCAAGGCGCAUGGCUGUUCAACAAUGAUAUAAUUGUUUUCAUAGCGUCAGGAGCCAGCGUCAUAACUGACAAGUGGAUUUCAAGAGUAACGUACAACUCAAACUCUUCUUCACUGACCAUCAGCUCUGUAACCGUGAGCGACUCCGGAGUGUACACGUUAAAUGCGAUUAAUUCGUUCAGUGCUCAGCUGACUCUGUCUGUCCAAGUGCCCAUCUCCAAUGUGGCCCUGGAGUCCAGAGCCACCAGCCUGGUGGAGUUCAACGACACGGCUGUUCUCACGUGCUCCAUCUCCAACGGCUCGCUGCCGUCGUACGUCUGGCUGAACGGCAGCGCUGAGGUCACAGCCGCCGGGAACGUCCGCCUGAGCGACGCAAACGCCACCCUCACCAUCGCCAACGUGACGCGCUACGACGAGGGGCCGUUCACCUGCAACGUGUCCAACGGCGUCGGCUCUGCAGUCAGCCCUCGUGUUCUCCUCAACAUUAGCUAUGGCCCAAGUAACGCAGAGAUGAGGACCGAGCCCCUGGCACUAAACCACAUCUACAGAACAGGGUCUAACAUCACGCUGACAUGCUCAGCAGAGUCCAAGCCUUCAGCCAGGAUCAUGUGGAUGAUCAAUGACGUGCCCCUGAAUGCGUCUGUGCCUCAGCUUCAGCUGCAGGACGUGACCAGGACCAACUCCGCAAACUACAAAUGCCUCUUUUACAACUCAGUCACACUGAGGUACAGCAGCGCCAGUGUGAGGAUCUCCGUUAUGGAUCCGCUCACAGCAAUUAAUUUGUUUCCCGACAAAGAACCAGCGAUCGUUGAUAAGUCGUUCAGUCUUUACUGUAACGUGACCGGGCCUGUUGAAAGCUUCCAGUGGUGGAGGAACGGUCAGCUAAUCUCUCAGAGCAACACCACGAUCGUGUCCAACAAUACACUGACUUUCAACCCAGUGCUACAAUCAGAUAACGGCCUUUAUGAGUGCCAGGCUACUAACGCUGUGAGCAACGUGACCAGCAGGCCCUUUGCAGUCAAAGUCAACUACGGACCAGAGGUGCCGACCAUCAUGGGUCCAAACACAGCACUCGCAGGAGACAACAUCACCCUCACCUGCUCUGCAUCAUCGUACCCUCCCAGCACCUACGCGUGGUUCUUUAACGGUUCUCUGGUGGCCCACACAUCUGCGUAUGUCACGCCUCCUCUCACGACCAACAUGACUGGGAUUUACACCUGCGUGGCUCACAAUAACGUCACGGGCCUGAACAGUACAGCCCACAAGAUGGUUACUGUAGUAGCCGUACGAGUGAAGGCCCCGGUCCAGCCUGCCAUAGCGGGUCAUCCGUACAUGCUAACGUGCAGCGUGAGCGGACCUGCUGCCAAUGUUCAGUGGAUGAUGGAUGGACAGCACCUGUCUGGAGACAACGCCACGCAUGUGUUGGCGAACAACACCUUGUACUUCCAACCAGUGGCGCGAAACGACACAGGACGUUACCAGUGUGUUGUCGUGAACGCUGGUGAAAACCUGACCAGCCAUCCGUACAUGCUCCUCGUAGACUUCGGACCUGAACCUCCGCUCGUUGAGGGGCCGGCGGUGGCUAAAGUCGGACAGUCCGCCAUCUUCAACUGUUCUGCCGCCUCGGAGCCUCCCAGUCAGAUCAGCUGGUGGUUCAAUGACACCCUGCUGGCCAACGAUUCGGUGUUAGUGAUCGAGCAGUUGUCUUUGAACAUGAGCGGAUACUACACCUGCAUGGCCUUCAACAAUGUGACCGGUCUUAGCAGCACAAGCAGAGUCAUGCUCACAGUCACUGGCAAUUUAACAGUGGUGAUCAAAACCAACAUGGUUCCAGUAAACUCUAGUAACUUCAGUCUGAUCUGUGACGUUGCUGGGCCCUUUGACUGGAUCUACUGGGUGAAGGACAACCAGACCCUCAACCUGAACACCUCCGCCAGCAACACGAGCUAUCACAGCGACAACAACACGCUCUACUUCAGCCCAGUGACCACGUAUGACGACGGGGUUUACUGGUGUGUCGCUGUCAUGAACCUGACUGCACAGUGGAGCCACCCCUACCCCCUCCUGGUUAACUACGGCCCAUUGAGCAUGUCCAUCACGGGCCCAGGCUCCGCUGCACUGCACUCCAGCGUGUCCCUGACAUGCUCUGCUAGUUCUGUGCCCAACUGUGACUUCCAGUGGUACUUUAGUGAUCUGUCCAACUCAGCGGUGGUCAGCCAGACGGGUCCUGUGUUCACCUUCAUAGCAACACUCAAGGCCGAGGGAAACUACACAUGUGCGGCGAGGAACCCUGUGACCAACAUCACAAUGUACCGAACGAAAGGCUUUACUGUCACUGGUCACGCCCCUGCCCUCCACAUGCCAACCCUGGGUGGUCUGACGUCAAUGCUUGCGUGUGCUUUGUCUCUCCUUAUGCUCUUCAGCUGCUGAACCCUCAACAUUUAAAAUAAAUGCAACUUUAAAAGACAAGGUAUAUUCCCAAUGACAGUUAAAACACAAUUGAUAUUAAAUCUGCAAUAUUUGAUUUUGGGGUCUGUCUGUUUAGAGCAAAGUCCAGUUCUUUACUCGAUUUUGAUUCCAUUAAAACUGUUAAGAGACUGUUUGUUUUACUGUGCUCUGAUAACUUUUUAUUUAUGAUCAAUAAAAAUUUGAUACAA